GACGUACAGUUUAUAGUUAGUGGUCAAAGUGUAAACGAAGAAAAAUUUAGUAACAAUGAUAACUUUGAAAAAACUUUAUUUGUGCACUUACAAUGCGAUAGAAGCGUUUGGUUGGUCAUGGAUGUUAUAUAUAUUGAUAUCUCACUACGGAGAUAGUUCAUCAACUUUAAGUUUUUGGGAUAAAAUUUGGCUUCCUUUAUUUAUUUUUCAAUUUUCUGCUUAUCUCGAGACGAUACAUGCCGUAACAGGUUUAGUUCGAUCAAAUCCGAUAAUAGUACUGGUACAAGUCACAAGUCGUGCAAUUAUUUAUAUCGUGUUAUUGUCCUUGCCAUCGGAAUCUGUUGGAUCAUCAUUUAGUUUACCAUAUACUCUCGUCUCUUGGUGUAUUGCAGAGAUCAUUAAAUAUUCUUAUUACUUUAUGAAUCUUAUUGGAUAUAUACCAUAUUUUCUAACAUGGUUAAGAUAUUCGUCAUUUAUGAUACUUUAUCCGACUGGUAUAAGCGGAGAACUUUUUUGUAUUUACAAAGCAAUCAUUUAUUCGAAGUCUAAUCCAGAUAUAUGGAGUUAUACAUUGCCUAAUCAAUGGAACUUUACAUUCAGUUAUUUAUAUCUUUUGAUAAUGAUCGUAAUAAUAUAUAUUCCAGGUUCACCCAUAUUAUAUAAGCACAUGCUUUCACAAAGACAGAAAGUGUUAAAUACAAGCGUUAAAACGAAAAAAGUUAAAUAAUUGUAUAUUUUAUCAGUUUUUAUAUUACUUUGCACCUUGUUACUUUUCGCACGACUUUAUAACACAAAGUAUAAAACUUAAAAUAUAAAAUAAAAUGAAACAAGAAAUAUAUUGUUACGGAAAAAAAUAAAAUAUUUAAAUAUCUAAGUAUUUUAUUUUUUAUAUUAGGAAUCAGACCAAAAAUGUUCUAGUGGAAUGGAUUAAAUUUAUUUUAUGGAAUACGUUUAAUGAAAUAAUGCUUUCAUUUUAAUAAACAAAAUUUAUUUCUUAUGCAUGAUCACCAGUAGGUACUGAUUUUAUAAUAUCAGAGUUUCCAGGAUCUGUAAUCGAUAAGGUACAAACACGGAAAUACUUUCCACAUGCUGUUCCCAACUCGAUGUUAUUUCCAGUAUAAUGAUGUACGCCUGUUUUUGCCAGCAUAGCGUAGUACUCGAUCUCGGAUUUCCUAAAUAUAGAAAGACAAUUAUUAUUUUA